CUGAAUACUCCCAGGGUAAAUGGCUGCCAUUUAAUGUCUACCUCACCCACGCACACAUACGAAGUGCAAGAAGACAUCGAUGCGGCGCUAUUGAUUAGUCACUCGGUAGCAUCUCAAGAGGCAAAUAUUCGCAAAGAAAAUGGUUUUAUGCCACCAACCACAGCUGCUAUAUCAGCUAACAACAAUACUAAAGUGUGCGACAACAUUCUUUCACAGCAAUCACCAGAUUUGAUACAAAAACAACAGCGAGACUCAGCUGCAGGCGAUCUUCAACUCGAGACAGCGGCGACAUUUCAGUUUACAUCGCCAACUGCAACGUUUAAGCGUAAAAAGCACCAACAACAGCAGUUGCAACAUCAACAAAUUGAAUACCAACUGCGCCAUAACAACAAUAACUGUUUCAGCAGUCAAACAGUAGUAGCAACAUUAAUUAAUAAUUCGCUACAUACAGAACAACAGCAACAACAAAAACAACGAGAUUCAAAAUCACCUUCCCGUAACAGCAUUGGCGGCGAUAACUUGCAACAUGCAGCUACGGUGAGCACAUCGAUUUUGGUGAAUGGUGGCGGUCCGACGACAACAACAACAACAAUAACAAAAGAAACGCAAAAAGCAAAAACAAAGAUUGCUGACAGCAUUCUAGGACUUGCCACAGGUGCUAGCAGUGUUGGCGAUGCUGGUGCUGCUGUUAGACACAUUGAAAGUAGUACAGCAACCACACGCUCGCCACGCAAUCGCACUUUGCCACGAGUUGCCACAACAACAACAACGCCGCGUGCUGCUUAUGCCGCUGACAGUGUCGAUUUAGUGGGCAGCCACACAAGCAAAGCUUCGCCAGUGGUGGUGGUUGCAAAUUCACAACAGAACGGACACGACAAGCGACAACGUGCCACAAUCAAGGUGAAGCAGGCACAACGUCAAUAUCAACAACAACAACAAGAGAAAACACUACAACAACAAGCGCUGCCAAAGAGAAUGCCCAAAGGUGCUGCUGUUACUGGCAGUGGCAGUGCAAGUGCGAGUGCGAGUGGCAAUAGCAGCAAUCACAGCAAUAAUAAUAACAACAACACACUAUACAAAGGUAACAACGAUUUCAUGGAUAGCCUGGGUGCGCAUUUGGAGUUGGUGGGUUGGCGUAAGAAAUGCCUUUAUGGACUGCUCGUACUGCUGAUGCUGCUCAUCAUCACCAAUUUGGUGUUGACGCUGUGGAUACUGAAGGUGAUGGAAUUUACGACGGAUGGCAUGGGGCACCUGAAGAUAGUGCCAGGCGGCAUACAACUCUCCGGUCAAGCGCUCAUAAUGGACAUGCUGCGCGCAUCGACAAUACGCUCUAGGCACGGGCAACCAAUUGCGAUAGAAUCAUCACGUAAUUUUUCAAUCAAUACACGUGACGCGAAUGGCAUGCUGGAGAAUCAUUUAUUUCUUGGGCACGAUAAGCUCGAGUGCAUAGCGAAGGAAAUUCGCAUCAAUGAUACCAAUGGACGAAAUUUAUUUUCUGUAAAUCAAAAUGAAGUCACAAUCGGUGCACACGCGUUGCGAAUUGACGGUGAAGGUGGCGCCAUAUUUCGGGAAUCCAUACAAACGCCACAUAUACGCGCCGAACCGGCGCGCGAGCUGAGACUGGAAUCUCCAACACGUCAGCUGGAACUGACUGCAGCAAAGGAUAUAAAUUUGCAAUCGCGUGCAGGAGCAAUCGAAGUGACUGCGCUAAAGGAUGUACGACUGAGUGCGCUGGAUGGCAGUCUGCGCUUGGAGUCCUCCAAAAUACUCAUGCCGAAUUUGCGUACAGCACAACCACCUUCAUUGGGAGCGCCACAAAGUCGUGACCAUUUACAUCGUGUCUUCCAGUUAUGCGCCUGUUCCAAUGGCAAACUCUUUCUUGCUGCGCCACAUUCGAUAUGCGCCGGCGAUGAUAGUACCGUUUGCAGAUGAUUGCCAGAACGGAGACAAUAAAGCGGGGGAAAAGGCAUUCUGCAGUGGAUGGCAUGAAAAUAGCGAAAUAA